GUCGGUGUGUUUAUUUUUGUCUGGGAAUUUAACACUCAAGAAUUCGGGUGUAUAAACUUGUUGAUUUUACAGAACGGCAAUUUGUGAUCAGAACUUUUGCAAAACUAUUUCAAGAAAAUUGAAGGCUUUUGUCGAGGUUUUAUCCAAAGAGUCAGCCAGUUCAUUGGCUCGUUGAGACUCAUUGUCCGUCGGUUGUUCGUGCGAGAAACAAGCAAGAGGAUGUCGUUCGAGUACCACGUCCUUGUCCUUUGCACAGGAAGCGUCGCCUCCCUGAAGGUGCCUCUUUUGUGUCAGCAGCUCAUGGCCCAUGAAGUUCUUGUUCGUGUGGUCGCCACAGACUCGGCGGCCAAUUUCUUAGAGUGUGAGACUGAAAUGCCAGAGGACGUCAAGGUUUUCAGAGACAAAGACGAAUGGGCCUCCUGGAAUAAGAGGGGCGAUCCAGUCUUACACAUUGACCUCAUGAAGUGGGCCGACAUGAUGGUUGUAGCUCCGGCCAGUGCAAAUACUCUGGCGAAAUUAGCCAACGGUCUUUGUGAUAAUUUAGCUACAUGUGUUGCUCGAGCGUGGCCUCUUGGCAAAAAACCAGCCAUUUUCGCCCCUGCCAUGAACACAAAUAUGUGGAACCACCCAGUCACAAAGAAACAAGUCGAAACCCUCAUCAGCUGGGGCUACUCAGAAAUCCCACCAGUUGCCAAGCAGCUCAUGUGUGGUGACAAAGGAGAAGGCGCCAUGGCCGAAGUUGACACCAUAAUUGAAAAAAUUAUCACUUACAAAAUAGAGAGAAUCAUGAGCGAUUAUUUCCACUGAUUUUCAUUUCCCCAAACUAACACCAUUAACAAAUUGUGCCUGUUUUGUGUGUGUGUGACUUUAAUUCCCUUAAUUUUAUUACCUGAACCAAGGGUCCAAAACCAGUUUGUCUGCAGAGCAUGACCUAGUCACCAAAAACCUUCCUUACGUAAGACUUAAAGUACCAUUAAACUUUGAGGAAAACCUCCUGUGAUACUUGAUAAUUGUUUAUAAAACCAUUAUUUGAAAGUUUGAUAUCCCGUGAAGAAUAAAAUAUCUGCUUAAU